AAACUGAAACUCUUAAAAAAUGAGAAGCAUUAUCAAACUAUCUUGCUUGAUACUAUGUAUACUACAUUUCUCUCUUGGAUCCAAAGGAGAACAAUGUGGUAAACAAAGCAAUGGAGCGUUUUGCCCAAAUGGAUUAUGUUGCAGCCAAUUUGGUUGGUGUGGUGACACUGAGCCUUAUUGUGGAACUGGUUGUCAAAGCCGGUGUAAAUCUUCUCCGAAACCGACACCGAGUACCGGUGGUGGUGGUGGAGAUGUUGGAAGGCUUGUUCCUUCUUAUCUUUUUGACCAAAUGCUUAAAUACAGAAAUGAUGGACGUUGUCCUGGUCAUGGAUUUUAUUCCUAUGAUAGUUUCAUUGCUGCUGCUAGAUCGUUUAAUGGAUUUGGUACUACAGGUGAUGAUACUACCCGUAAGAGAGAGCUGGCUGCUUUCCUGGCUCAAACUUCUCAUGAAACCACAGGUGGGUGGUCAAGUGCGCCAGACGGGCCAUAUGCGUGGGGAUAUUGCUUUGUGAACCAACUGGAUAGCCGGGGAGACUUUUGUGCAUCUAGAGAUUGGCCAUGUGCUCCUGGUAAAAGCUACCAUGGCAGAGGACCAAUUCAACUCACUUACAACUACAAUUAUGGUCAAGCUGGCAAUGCAAUUAAUGAAGAUUUAAUAAACAAUCCGAAUUUAGUGUCCACAAACCCAACUAUAUCAUUCAAAACAGCCAUAUGGUUUUGGAUGACCCCUCAGGGAAACAAGCCUUCAAGCCAUGAUGUGAUUACUGGGAGAUGGACUCCAUCUAGUGCUGACAGGUCAGCAGGGAGAUUCCCCGGAUAUGGCGUGAUCACCAACAUAAUCAACGGCGGGUAUGAAUGCGGACACGGACAGAAUAAUGCAGCCGAUGAUAGAGUCGGAUUUUAUAAAAGGUAUUGUCAAAUCUUGGGAGUGAGUCCUGGUGGUAACUUGGAUUGUAAUAACCAAAGGUCAUUUGCUUAAGUAAAUAAUCCAAUGAUAAUGUUAUCAUAUAAAGAAUGGUAAAAAUAGGAUGGUAAUGAAUCAUCCUACAUGUAAGUGGAACUUUGCUAAAUAAAAUAGGUUCCAUACUGUUUUAAUGAAAUAAUCUAGUUAAUUUACCACCUCUUAUCACAUAAAAUGUUGUUGAUGAAUAUCUAUCUAUACA